GCUCCAGGCCGUAGCGGAUUCCGCGGCCGCGGCCGACGGCGACAGUCGGCCAGUUUGCGAAAUAAUGCCACACAAUUUCGGCAGUGACUAGAGAUGCCGCACAAAUAAAUAGUGCCAAAAUUAUCGCGUCCGACAUCCAACGACAAUGUGCGAAUGGCGUUUGGUGGUUUUCAUUCACGUGCUCCUUGUUUGCUCGAUCCGGGCAAGGGAAAUAAAUUCGUCGGAUAACCCCCUCGAUAACCACAUAACGUCAGGAAAUAGAACACAAAGAUUCCUUUUCGAUUCAAUCUUCGGUCUAGAAGUCCCUCUUUUGGACGAGCAAAGUGUGGAAGAUGAUGAAGAAGAUACAACCCAGGUCAGGAACUGUUCGUGUGAAUGCGGCAGGGCAAAUCCACUUCCUAAGAAGAUCGAUUGCGGAGGUGGGCCAAACCAGGAAAACCGCAUAGUCGGCGGGUUUCCGGCUGGGCUCAACCGGUACCCGUGGAUGGUGAGGUUGGUCUAUGAUGGUCAGUUUCACUGCGGAGGAUCCCUUGUUACUAAGGAGUAUGUCGUCACCGCCGCACAUUGUGUCAGAAAAUUAAAACGAUCGAAAAUUAGAAUAAUACUGGGCGAUCACGACCAGACAUUGACCACGGAGAGCGCAGCUAUAAUGCGUGCUGUCACGUCCAUUAUACGACAUCGUAGCUUUGACGCGGACUCAUACAACAACGAUAUUGCCCUGCUGAAGUUACGAAAACCAGUCACCUUUUCGAAGAUCAUCAAACCUGUAUGCUUGCCUCCCGCAAGUGUAGAUCCAGCAGGCAAAGAAGGUAUAGUGGUGGGUUGGGGUCGUACAUCAGAGGGUGGUCAGCUACCCGCCAUAGUUCAGGAAGUCCGGGUGCCAAUUUUGUCUCUACAGCAAUGCCGUGGAUUGAAGUACAGAGCUUCACGCAUCACGAAUAACAUGCUUUGCGCGGGUCGAUCAUCAACAGACUCAUGCCAAGGCGACAGUGGCGGCCCCUUGUUGGUACAGCAAGGGGACAGAUACCAGAUUGUUGGUAUAGUAUCGUGGGGUGUUGGUUGCGGUCGGCCGGGAUAUCCCGGUGUCUACACACGUAUAACCCGAUAUCUGCCCUGGCUUCGCGCUAAUUUAAGGGAUACCUGUCUAUGCGGUGAUUAAUAUGAGAUUAAAUUUCAAAAUUGCGCCUUUAACAAAUAGUUUUUGUUUUAAUUUGACCUUACAUUAUUUUUGUAUUCAGAAGACAUAUUGGUCGAAAUUAAGAGUGCUUAAUAAUAUUAUGUCAAACGUGUAACCAAAAUAGUUUUUAUAGGUCAGUAAAAACUUUUUUUCUUCAAGCUUCAUAAAUUAUUCCAAAAAUAUUAGUAACAAUUUUUUUCAAGAAACAAAUGCUAUUAUUUCCUUUUAAGAAGUGUUUUCGCCGAAGUCCCUAAAACAUUGUCUCAAUCGGGGUUUUCUGUAUGUAAUGCAGAGUGCGUAAUAUUUUCUUGCCCUGUUAAAGAAUUAUAUUUUUAAUUAAAGCAAAAGAGAAAUUUACAUUUAUUAGGAAAAUCACGUUAUGACCAUUGUUCCAGAUUUUUAUAUUAAAUUUAAUUUACCUACACUAGAAUUAAUUAGUAUUUAAGUUAAGCUGUUUCAUUGUUUUUAAUUAUCAGAGUCGGGUAUAUUUUUAAGUAAUUCUAAAUUUAAAUACCUUUGUUCUUGUAUAUAGAUGAUCAUAUCGAUAACUAUUUAUUGCAGUUACUCUAUGGUUGUAAUAACUUAACUAUAAGCCCAGGAAUAAAUCCUAAAAUAAUUUAUAUUUCUUGAAUACAAGUGUUGGUUUAAUUUAAAAAUAAGGCAAUUAAAAAUAUGGGUUCCAGCUUUCGGUUUUUGUGGUAACGGAUGACAACGUAUUGUGUACAUUUAUUAUUAAAUAAAUCAUUUAAAUCUGUAAAGUAUUAUACGAUACCAUAGAGUUUAUGAACAAGUAUUACGUCACACGCCAGUUUGCCUGCCACCAAACAAUGGUGGCAAACAGAAUAUGGAUACGCAUGUAGAUACAAAAAGUGAUGUUUUGUCCUACUUUUAUAUAUUUGUUUUAUAGUAUUUCUCAAGCAUUAUCCAUUUGGCAUGGAAACCGAAAGUUGACGCCUGAUUUGGAUUAUUUAUUAAUAUUAGUUGUUAAGGUUCAGGCCGGUGGUGCAGAUUACCAAUAUAUUAUAAGACGAAAAGUAGAACUACCUACGUGUUCAUUAUUUAAGUUUAAUAUUACUGUUAAAAAUAUUUCGUUAUUGAUAAUGAAUUACACUUAAUAAGCAACUUUGAAUUAUUGCCAGAUUUUUCUCUGUUUUAUCUUCAGGAAAAAAAAUGUUAGUAUGGAAAAUAUAAGAAAGGAUUUUUUUUUAUCAUUUGAAUAAAAGAUAAAUGUCAGGCCUAUGGUAACUCGGGAAUGCAUAUCUUAAUAAAGUUUAGUCUAAAUUUUCAGUCAGACCUUUUUUUAUAAUAACAUUGAAAGCUUCGCUUAUCAAUACUACUUCUUAACUGAUAAUGUAACUACAAUGUGACUAGUAUUUUUUUUAUUAUAAUAACAGUUAAAAAAAUUUAAACAAUAGGUAUUUAUUAAGGCCGUGUACAUAUUUAAGUAAUGUUUUGCCUUUAAAUUUUGUAAAUAAAAUACAUCGCUCUUUAGGCUGUACCUGUGAUCUAUGUCACGAUAAAAUUUAUAUUGUGCUAUUAAUUUUAAUUAUUUCUA